GUGACGCCAAAGGCCCCUCUCUUCUGACCCUUUCUGGGAGUCAGGAAGGCCUUGAGGCGAAAGUGGCGAAGGUCCUCGAGGAGACGAGGCGGGAGGAUGAGCUCCACAGCGCGGGGUAUGCAGAAAGGCUCCGCCAGGCCCAGUGGCUGAAGCUUCGGCAGGCGAAGGAGGAACGAGCUGACCGGCAUUUGGCAAAGCUGGAGGCGCAGAAGAAGCAGGAAGAUGCCGAAGUUGCCCUGCUUCGGGUGGAAGGAGGAGCUUCUCAGGC